GUCACCUUAUUCGCUCUUGCGACAACGUGCACUACUAUAACGUCGAUUAUCCAACAAUGCAACUACAUCGCCAACUGGCACGACUUACGAAUCCAACAAUACGAGCAGUCCAUCAUCGUUAAAGGCAACCCAGCGCUGGCAUUGGGUCCUCUGUCUCGAGGCUUCAAUGCUGUUUUGUUCUGGACAAUUUUGUACUUUUACAAUGUCGACUCAGUCACUAUGCUCUUCUGGGCAAUCGCACUGGUAUUCAGUGUUUGGAACAUCCGACCGAGAUGGCUUCAACGAUGGCAAGGCGUAAUUAGCUGGAUUUCCAAGAUAUUGGCAGUAGUGCUGCCUGCCAUUUUCUCAGCGCUUCGGAAAGGCUUCCAAGUCAAUGCUGGUUUCAUCGGUACUUUGAUCUUGAUGAACUUGCUGAUGCUCGUGAGUUUCGCAUUUGGCGCAAUCUGUGUUAUCCUCAUCCUUUUCAAGUAUCUACGCGCCAAGAUGGGAUUCGACAGCUACGCAUCCGCAUCGGCGUCGAAAUCAUACGCGAUCGGCAGUGUCGCAGCGGUUGAGAGCACAGCUAGUCGAGCGGCACAUUCAGCGCCCAAGGGAGUCCGAGCACGAGUCGACGGAUGGCUUGUAGUCCGCUUCACUAUCGCCUUCCUGAUUCUGAGUGGUUUCGAAAUCUUCCUCAUCUCGUUUGAAAUCAACAGAUAUCACAAGACCAAAAACGCAAACAUUGCUGGAGCGCCAGAUUUCGGCGUCCGCGCUUCUGUCGUCGAUGUGUUGAACUAUUUGCCUGGCGUUACGGCCAGUCUACUCGCUUUUGUUCUGUUUGGGACCACCGCACAGCAACGCGCCAUGUAUGCGCCUAUGUUGGCUGCUCUCCACCCCACCCGAUGGCGUAGACGACCANNAAAAUCAGCAAGGUUCAGUGGAAAUGUGGAUCAAUGGAGGCGGAUGGAUACUGCAGGCUCGAGACAAUCGCAGCAGAUUGUGCAUAGAGACAUUGAGAUGCAAUUGCCGGCGAGGAAAGAUAAAGUCACGAGAACUAUCGUGACGACUGUGGAGAGGGAGGAAGCUUUGCUCAGUCCUUCGCCAACGGCUACGGAUACUAGGGGGCAUGUUGCGGUCUUGGAUGAUCAUCAUACGGAUAAAAGAUUGACGAGA